GGCAGAGCUGCGCAGGUUGCAGCUUCCCAAGAGAUCUCAGCUGGAUUCUGCUUGAUCUCCCUAAGGAGAGAAGAAGCAUGAGCAGUACCAGGGGAAAAGUUAUUAAAUGUAAGGCUGCUAUUGCCUGGGAAGCGGGGAAACCCCUUUCUCUCGAAGAGGUUGAAGUUUCUCCUCCUAAAGAACAUGAAAUCCGAGUUAAGAUUAUUGCCACUGGUGUAUGUCGCACAGAUGCUCAUGGCAUGAGCCCAAGAUUUAAAGAGGGCCUUUUCCCAGUCAUACUAGGACAUGAGGGAGCUGGGAUUGUAGAAAGUAUUGGUCCUGGUGUGACAAGAUUUAAAUCAGGCGACAAAGUUAUCCCGCUGUACCUUCCUCAGUGUGGACAAUGCAAGUUCUGCUUAAGUCCCAAAACCAACCUUUGUGAACGGAUCAGCAAAGCGAAAACGCCCAUUUCUGACCAACACCUGAUGCUCGACGGCACUAGCAGGUUCACUUGUAAAGGACAGAAGAUAUACCAUUUCAUGGGAACCAGCACCUUCUCUGAAUACACGGUUGUAGCAGAAAGCUCCCUUGCCAAAAUUGAUGCUGCAGCUCCUUUGGAUAAAGUCUGCUUAAUUGGUUGUGGGUUUUCUACUGGUUAUGGGGCUGCCAUUAAUACUGCCAAGGUUGAACCUGGCUUCACAUGCGCUGUCUUUGGUUUGGGAGGGGUCGGCCUUUCCGCUGUCAUGGGUUGCAAAGUGGCUGGAGCAUCUCGUAUCUUUGGGAUUGACAUUAACAAAAACAAAUUUGCACUGGCCAAAGAGCUAGGAGCCACCGACUGCCUCCAUCCUCAGGAGUUCAAGAAACCCAUCCAAAAGGUGAUCGCUGAAAUGACCAGUGGAGGGGUAGAUUGUUCCAUUGAGUGCAGUGGAAACAUUGCCAUCAUGAAUGCUGCCCUCAGCUGCACCACAGUCGGUUGGGGCACCUGCGUCAUUGUUGGAGUAGCUAUUGGUGAAGAAGGUUUCAUUGUUUCUCCAAUGGAGCUGAUAAUGGGCCGGACAAUCAAGGCCACAUUUUUUGGAGGCUGGAAGGCCAUAGAAUCCGUACCCAAGCUGGUGUUAGAUUACAUGGCAGGGAAAUUCAACCUGGAUGCACUGGUGUCCUAUACGCUACCUUUCGAAAAAAUCAACGAGGCAUUUGAUCUUAUGCGUGAGGGUAAAAGCAACCGAACAGUCCUUGUAUAUUAAGAACUGAAUGCAAACUUUGGAGGACAAGAAACCCAAGAAAACAAUAUCCUUCUUUGAAUGUCUCAUUAACAUCUGAUUCAUUUAUCUCCUCAAAACAUAAUUGCAAGAGCACGUCUUUAUAACUCCAGAUCACUAAGAAAUAGCCAUAAGCUUUUAGGGCAACAUUAACUUCUGUGUCAUCCUUAUUAAUUUAUCGUGACCAUAUGAAAAGGAGGACACGGCACCUGUAUCUUUUAGGAAAAAGAGGCGACUAGCUCUGGUGCUAUAAAAUCUCAAAAAGGUUUCUUUAUUUUUCUUAUACGAAAUAUAAAAAAUAUUCUAAAAACUUUAAACCAAACUUGUACAAUGCUCAAUGUUUCAGAUCUUGUGGAUCCUUUGUCAGGAGCUGCACAACGAAAUGAAUUAUUUUUCUCAGUAAUUAUAAAUUCAAAACCUUAUUGAUAUUUUUCUACAAGAUUGCAGUCGUAUUCAUUCUUUCUCCUUCAGCAGUCAAACUGUUCUGUUUAACAGUUGUAUAGCAAAAGGAAUUUCAGCAGGUGUCAUUUGUAUGCAUGCAGCACCUGGUGAAAUUCCCUCUUCAUCACAACAGUUAAAGCUGUAGGAGCUCUGCCCUCUUUUGUAUCUGGUCAAAGCACCUGCAGCUUUCACUGUUGUGAUGAAGAGGAAAUUUGACCAGGUGCUGCAUACAUACAAUUUACACCUGCUGAAAUUCCCUUUCAAUACAACUGUUAGGUACAGGAGCCCUGUCCUCCUUUUCAUAUCGUCACCCUAAUUAAUCCCAACAUCACUUUAAACUGAAUCAUGGGUUAAUCUCUAGAUAUUGAUGUGUUGUGCUGGUGCAUCACAUUUCUAUAUGUAGAUCAGCAGCUUCUGUGUAGAACCACUUUUCAGCUAAAGCUACCAUAUGCAAAAAAAAUUUUAAAGCUAUAUAUGUUAAGAAUUUAUUUAUUUAUAUUUA